AUGAAUGUGAAGGAAGAACUAGAACAACAGCUACAGACAAUAAUACUGGAAGGAUGGAUAAGAGAUUGUCUUACGAAUUUUACUAAUACAGACAUUCCAGGGGACCCGUCCAUUGCUCUGUCUAUUUCUUUAAUGUGUGAAUGGCUAGGUAGAAAAGACAAUGAUAGUGAUAUUGAGCUAUCAGAGGUAGGAGAAACUCCUCCUGGUCUACAUAAUAUGUGUUUCUCCCUUUUCUUUUCUUUACUUUGUCAGUCGGUGAAAAAGAAGAUUGGCAUAGUGAGCAACGAGCAGUGUCUUGUGUGCAAAGAAAGCAUCAAACUAGAUUCCCUUGUUCAUGGAAAAUGUGAAAAAGGUCACACACUUCCCAGAUGUUGCCGAACAUUUUUAUUAAGCCGACCAACAGUGCAUUGCCCUCGCUGCAAAGUUUUUGUCCACUCUGCAGCUACCGCACUGUUAGGUGGGAGUCCAACCUGUACCUACUGUGAUGGCUUGAUGGCAGAUGAAAUAGGAAGCAGGAAGAGAUCCAGAAACUAGCAAGAGGAAGAAGUCAUCUAGAGCAGAGGCAGCUCUUUCUUUCUUUUUCUCUCUCUCUUU